AUGUACACAAUCUACACUGUGCAUGCUCUUCGUCAAUUAAUCGACUUUAUUUACACAGGUCAACUCACAAUAAAUUCAAAUUUAAGCCACGCCCUUUUAACAACAGCCUCGAUGUUGCAACUAAAUUCGGUUAAAGAUGCUUGUGCAAACUUUUUGAUUGAUACGAUAACGCUUGGAAAUGUCAUAUCUUUGCUCGACUUUGCCUGCAUUUAUAAUUGUACUCAACUAGCAGCGUCUGCUCGCAAUUAUAUUUACAAGAAUUUUUCUCAUCUGGUAGAUUGUGAUGAGCUUUUAACACUGGAUUUUGAACGACUCUGCAGUUUAAUCUCGGAUGAUCGUCUAGUUUGUGGUGAAUGCGGUGAAGAAGAGGUUUAUCGAACGGUCAUCAGAUGGAUCCAAGCAGCACCAGAAGAACGCAAACAAUAUACACCAAAGUUGUUGUCUCAAGUGAGACUUGGCUUCUGCUCCGCAGACUUUCUUACGGAGACGGUUUUCAAUGAGCCAGUGAUUAAAAAUCAACAAGAGUGCAAGGAUAUUCUUCUGGAGGCAAGUAAAGUACACCUACGUCGAGGGCGACUUUCCCCAUCUGCGUCAUCAAUUCGUGAGCGGUUUGUUCGACCUCGACAACAAAUUGAAUCGAAUAAGAUUGUGAUAGUCGUCGGAGGUCAGGCACCAAAGGCAAUUCAUAAUGUUGACGCCUAUGAUCCAACUACAAUGCAAUGGUCUUCUUUGAGCCCUUUAUCGCAAAGACGUUGCCGAUGUGGUGUUGCCCUAAUUGAUCGUUAUAUCUAUGCUGCCCCUCCAAAAGAGAUCCCAUUUGCAAGUUUUCAAAACAAAGUCAUCGAGAUCACUGGGAUUUCACACAUUGCCUGCAAAGAAAUUGAGAAAUGUGCUUACUUGGAGAAUCAACAACAUAUUGCUUAUCCCAAGUCUCAGUUCAAAUAUGAAGUCUUGUUU